UCUCACGGGGUGUUUAGAAAUUAGAAUCAGGUUGGCAUUACUACUACUUGUGUGUCUAUAACCUUGGGGUUCGGAGAUAAACACACAAUUUCUAAGGAAUAUUUAUAAUUAAAUUAAGUGAUUACACGUAUCGUAACUAGGCUUAAACAAAAUACAAUAAUGGACGUAUUUCUUAUGAUCAGGCGGAAGAAAACCACGAUUUUUACAGAUGCUAAAGAUAAUACUACCGUCCUAGAACUCAAAAAAAUCAUUGAAGGUAUACUGAAGAUACCUCCAGCGAACCAACAGCUGUACAGCAAAGAUAUUGUUCUAAUGUCAGACAACAAAUGUCUAUCUGAUUACGGAAUGACGUCGUCAGUUGCAAAAGCACAAUGUCCUGCUUUGGUAGCAUUAGCCAUACGUGGAGAAGGCGAACAAUUUGAACCACUUGAAAUGACACCAUAUUCGUUACCACCUGAUCUUCCUGACGUUAUGAAGGAAGUUACCGAUCAAGGGAAAAUUAUCUUAAAAUUUCCAACAGUCAAACCUUACAGCGAGUAAACAUUGGUUGAAUAUUUCAAUCAAUUCAUUAGCACGGUUUCAUCGGAUUAUGUCACAGGCAUCGGAGAGUCCAAAGAUGGAUGAAAUUAAUGUUACAAUGCAUCCAGACCGUCACAAUCGCAAGAUAUUGUAAUAAAUUAUUAAAUGUUGGAGUUCAAAAGUUAAGAUCUCAUCAACUUAAUUAUACGCCAAUACCUCGGCAGCUUGUUAACAGAUAUAUUUGUAUAUAUCAACGUGUUACAACUGAACUGUGGAAUGAAUUCCCACAACGUUUCUUAUUUUGAAAUAGAAUUUACCUCCUAUUGAAUAAAUUCAGUGUGCUAAUUCGGGAAAAUUUACACUGGCGUAGAGCACUCGUUUUACUUAUUUCAUUACAGUUGUAGUAAUGCAGUUCUAUUUAUUGAUGCAAUGAGAUUAUUAUUCUAGAAAACUAUCAUGUCAAUUUUAAUUGCGAAUCCAGACAUAAUUAUUAAAUGUAUUUUGUAUGCCGCCGUUCUUAUGACGGAACAAUCACUAGUUUCAUUUGAGCGAUAAGAAAUUUCGAUGUUAUAUUUGAUCUCUACUUUCUUGAUCGGUUUUUUGAACGUACAAAAUUAUCCAUUUUCAAUACUUUGAGUGUUUGUAUGACAAAAAAUGGAUUUUAUUUCUAUUUGCACACACCAUUGAUGUGUAUUAAAAUAAAUACGAUAAUAAAUCAAAUUUCUAUCAAUUGAAGGGCCCUGUUCUGUGAAUUUACGGCCCAGCCUCUCCUGUGCCUGUGAAGGGUGCGUGAAUAUGUAAAAAAAACUAAUAUGAUAAAUCUAAUUCUUGUUUUAGAAGUUCAAAUUAAACUUGAAGAAAUGCAUGACCACGGCUGGUUGUCUUCAAAUUUUUGACACAUACAGAAUAAAUAGAUUCGAUGUUUCAAACUGGAAGUCUUGUAACAACGAUCAAUUAAUAAAUAUGAAUUAAUCAAUGCAGAAAACUGAAAUGAAAAUAGCUGCCGAUCCCAAUUAAGAGUUAUAUUCAAACCGAAAUAGACGACGUUAGGUGAAAUCUAUUGAAUCAAUGACCAUAUAUAUAGAGUCUAAUGUAAGUUUGGAAUCUUGUACUUACUAAAAAAAUGAUCGAGUGUAUCAAGUUGCCUUUUUUUAACCCGCAACACACUCGCCUAGUAACUAAACUUGAAUGAAAAUCACUUAAUGUGAAUUUACGUGAAUAUUGUUUAAUGAGUUGUAUGUGGAUUAACCGCUUCUGUCCUCUCUAUGAAUCUUGAUUCUUUGUCUUACAAUACCAACGUGAACGAUUGUGAAGAUGUAUCUUGAAUUUUAAACUUCAAGUCAAAUCUGGUAAAAAAUUUUGUGAUAUUCUAGAACUACAGAAAACAAACGAGAAUAUUCUAGCUAAGUGAACGAUUGUCAAGAUCCACCUUGAAUUUUGAACCUCAAGUCAAAUCUGAUGAAUGAUUUUGUGAUACUCUACAUCUACACAAAACAAAUGAGAGUAUUCCAGCUAUGUUCUUCAGCAUUACGUACCCGCGUUGUAUGAUUCCUCAUAACUUCUGGAAAAUAAACUUUUCGAUUAGCAAUA